AAACAAAAAAAAAAGGAAGGGAAAGACACAGGAGCAAAACACUGCCGACAUAUUACCGUGAGGAAGCGGAGGCAGAGGCGCUGUCGCUGUCGCGUGUGCGGCGGCGGAGCAGCGCACGGUGUCGCUGCAGGCUCCGGAACGGCUCCGUGUGGGCGGCUCCGCCCCGGUGCGGCGGAGAGCCCGGCUGUGAGCGCGGGGGGGCGGCGCGGGCCGGGCAGCAGAGCCGGUGCGUGCGGGCGGCGGCGGGGAGCCGUGCGGGGCCCGGGCCGGGGCCGGCAGCCACAGCGGCGGCGGCGGCGGCGGCAGGGAGGAUGGGCGAGCGCUGUUGUGCGGCGGUGCUGCGGGUGCUGGUGCUGCUGCAGGCGGCCUGGGCGCUGGCGGGCGGGCAGGUGCGCUACUCGGUGCCGGAGGAAGCCAAGGCCGGCACGGUGGUGGGCCGUCUGGCGCAGGACCUGGGCCUGGAGGCGGGCGAGGCGGAGGCGCGGCGGCUGCGGCUGGUGGCGCAGGGCCGGCGGGCGAGCGUGGAGGUGAGCGGGGCGAGCGGCGCGCUGCUGGUGAGCUCGCGGCUCGACCGGGAGGAGCUGUGCGGCAAGAGCGCGCCGUGCGCGCUGCGCCUGGAGGUGCUGCUGGAGCGGCCGCUGCGCGUCUUCCAUGUGCAGCUGGAGGUCACCGACAUCAACGACAAUGCCCCCGUCUUCCCCGCCGCCCGCAAAAACCUCAGUUUAUCGGAGAACUCUCCUCCUGGGAUCCGUUUCCCGCUGGAGGGCGCGACGGAUGCAGAUAUCGGAGCGAAUGCGCAGCUCUCUUACACACUCAGCCCCAGCGAGUAUUUCUCUCUGGAUUUACAAAAAUCGUAUGAGCGAAAUAUUGUACCCGAACUUGUAUUAACGAAAUCUCUGGACCGCGAGACGAUUCCCGUGCACCGGUUGGUGCUGACAGCGAGUGACGGGGGCCGGCCGUCUCUGACGGGCACCAUGGAGCUGGUGAUCUCAGUUUUGGAUGCGAACGACAACGCGCCCCAGUUCAACCAGUCAGUGUAUAAAGUGCAGCUGCCGGAGAACUCUACUGAGGGGACGCUCUUGGCACGAGUGAACGCGACGGAUGUGGAUGAGGGAAUUAACAGUGAAAUGAUUUAUACUGCAACCAGCUUCAUUCCCCCGAGUGGAAAAGAUGUGGUUUCUGUCAACCCGAACACUGGUGAGCUUCACCUCACAGCAGCCCUGGACUUCGAAGAAGUCAGUGUAUUUGAGUUUCGUAUUGAAGCGACAGACCAAGGGACACCCCCUCUGUCGGGCCAUUGCCGAUCGUCGUCGUCGUCGCUGUCGCGCUCGGCCGUGGGCGUGGAGCUGGGGCCCGGGGCGGCGAGCGCGGCCACCAACGUGUGGCUGGUGGUGGCCAUCUGCGCCGUGUCCAGCCUGUUCCUGCUGGCCGUGGUGCUGUACGGGGCGUCGCGCUGGGCGCCGCGGGCGGCCGUGCUCUCGGGGCCCGGCCCCACGACGCUCGUGUGCGCCAGCGAAGUGGGCAGCUGGUCGUACUCGCAGCGCCACAGCCGCAGCCUGUGCGUGGCGGACGGCGCCGCCAAGAGCGACCUCAUGGUUUUCAGCCCCAACUUCCCUCCGCCGCCGCCGCCCGGCCCCGCGCCCAAGGACACGCAGCCGGAGCCCUCCGCUCUCCUCGGCACGGUCAGUGGUCCUUCCUGCAUGGUUUUUUCUGCCCCUUUUCAUCCGCCCUCUUGAGAAGCUGCUGUUUGAAGCCGGGUUCCCUUUCC